CCAGCCGCCGUCUAGGCGGCGCCCGCAUCCAAGGCCGAUCGCACGUACGGAGAGGAGCGGACGCCCGGCAAGCUCGACGGUGCGAACAAACGAACGACCGGCAGCCGGCGACGACGCACCAGCGGCUGAUAGUGGAGUCAGUGCGCCCAUCGCCAGCCGAGGCUCCUGACCAGACCAAGAGACGGCCCACAGUCGACAACGACGCACCAGCGGCUAAUAGUGGAGCCAGCGUGCCCGUCGUCAGCCGAGGCCCCUGACCCGACAGAGAGACGGCCCGCGGCCAGUGACGACACACCAGCGGCUGAUAGUGGAGCCAGUGCACCCAUCGGCAGCCGAGGCUCCUGAACCGACCGAGAAACGGCCCGCAGUCGGCAACGACACACCAGCGGCUGAUAGUGGAGCCAGUGCGCCCAUCGGCAGCGGAGGCUCCUGACCGCACCGAGAGACGGCCGGCGUUCAGUGCAGACGGAACAGACGAAAGAAGGCCGGCAUGGCGGACGUGGUAGAAACAUUCGUGGCCGGCUUCCACGAUGAAGCUGCCGUCAGGAAGAUGAAGUACAACCGGCUUGGCAACACCGGUAUGCAUGUGUCGGAGGUCAGCAUCGGUGGCGUGGCACUGGGUGGUCUGUACGGAGACUUCGACCGGGCCGAGUGUCUGCGCACGGUUGACCUGGCGCUGAGGUCGGGCGUUAACCUGAUCGACACUUCGCCCUGGUACGGCCAGGGCAAGAGCGAGGAGUUCCUCGGAGAGGCGCUGCGGGACGUGCCGCGUGAGGCGUACUACCUGGCCACCAAGGUGGGACGCUACGAUCUGGACUACGCCGGCAUGUUCGACUUCAGCGCGGCGCGCGUCAGGCGCAGCGUGGAGCUGAGUCUGCGGCGGCUGCGGCUGCAGCACGUGGACCUGCUGCAGGUGCACGACCUCGAGUUCUGUCCCGACCUGGAGACCAUCGUCUCCGAGACGCUGCCCGCACUGCAGGAGAUGGUGGACGAGGGCAAGGCGCGCUGUAUCGGCAUCACCGGCUAUCCUGUAAGCACCCUGAAGGAAGUUGUGAAGCGAAGUAAGGUCAAGAUAGACUCCAUUCUGUCAUACAGUCGAAACAAUCUGCACGAUGAUACCUUGCAGUCUUUCUUACCCUUCUUCCAGGAGCGGAACAUCGCUGUCAUCGACGCCGGUGCGACCUCGAUGGGGCUGCUCUCCCCCAACGGUCCGCCCGCCUGGCACCCGGCCAGCGACCUGCUCAAGAGCACCACCCUCCAGCUGCAGCAGCACUGCAAGUCGCAGGGUUCUGACCUGACCCGGCUGGCGCUGCGUCACUUCAUGACCCGGCCGGGCGUCACUUCACACCUGAUGGGCGUCGUAUCACGUGACCAGCUGAAGCAGAACCUGCAGAUGUACCAGCUCCCGGUCAGCGCCGAAGAGGACGCCCUGCUGCAGCACGUCCUCAGCAGGUACGCCAGCCUGCCCGCGGAGCACCAUCACUGGGAAGGAAAGGAGGUCGCCCAUUACCGGAAGGCGAUGGCUGGGCUGGACGUGCGGUCUACGUUCGAGCACCUCGGAGACACAAAGUGAAGCCAAUCAACGCCACACGCGAGAGUGGGAUUGAUUUCCGACAGGGGUCAGUUACAGUCGGCUACUUUCGGGCAUACAUUGACCUCUGAUGGGAGUGGACAGUGUAGAUCACAUGCAAUCUUGGGCAGCAUGGGUGGCAAUGCUUGGAUGUCUGCUGAGGUCUUUGUAUGGGUGUAAAGAUGUAGCGAUGUGAGGAGCCUCUUGUGCUACGCAAGAUUAUGACGAUCGCAAUUUCACUUAUUUGUGAAUAGCUUCUGUCAUUCACUUGCACUUGGGCCAAUAUGUAGCAAAGUGGAAGACGAUACAGAUAGACGUUAAGAAAUAAUGGUGCAUUGUUACGGUAAUGGGUUUGUGAGACUGGCUUAAAAGUUGAAGGAAUAAAAGAGAACCGGAAGGAAUUGUUGA